AUGUUACAGCCGUUUCAUGAAAUCCAGGAAGGCUCGAAGAAAGAAGCAACAGCGGCCAAAGGAGUUUGGAGUGCUAAUGUUUUUCAAAAACGACGUGCAGCCAGCUGUUAUCCAACUAACAGAUUCCCGUUGUGUUUGGAGUAUCAGUGGUCUUUAGGGGGCGGGCCGAGCGGCGCGUACAGCCCCGACGGCGCCUCCAUGGGCUACAUGAUGGACGGGCAGGCGCAGAUGAUGCACCGGCCCCCCGGCGACCCGAGCUUCCACAACGAGCACUACUACCCGCCGCAGUACUACGGCCACCUGUAGUGGGCCACCCGCCGCCCCGCGCGCACCCCCGCCCCCGCACGCAGCCGCAGCAGCACUGGUCACCGCGGCGACAUCUGGCUGUACGGACAUGUCACCGCCGACGCUGCCGCCGACGCCUGCGUUGCAGCCUAGGAGCUCGGAGUCGCCUCCUCGAUAAAUUGGCUCAAGAACGAGCCGUGACAUCACUGCCUGCCUGACGUCACAACAGCCACCCGCGGUCGGUGACCGCCGCCGCCGCCGCCGCCGCCGCCGCCGUCGCCGCCGCGCCGUCUCCGGUCGCCAGGGGAUAUAUGCUUAUACACAUACACGCACGUAUACGAUUAAAUUAUCUGGAGGCGGGCGGCGGCGUUGCGAGCGGCCAGUGAGCUGCGCCACGUGACGAGAAAGCUGUCGACGCCCACGUGCUGCGUUAUCGUCGCGAUGAGUUUGGCGUCGAAGCGAAGGCAGAAGGGAAAACGCCCGUUUUAUUACGAAUAUAAACGAGAGAAAUUUGCAGAAUAAAAUAAUUUUUUCAAAUUUAUGUGAUGAUUCUUUGUACAAAAAUAUGUAAUUGUAUUUUCCCGUUGCAAAGAAGCGUGUUAAAAAUGGGAACUUGUACAAAAUAAUUAAAUAAACGUCUAUGAAUUACAAAAAUACUUCGUUGCUGGAAGUUACGUCUUAGUGUACGAAUGUUCUUUAAAAGAAACCAAGUAUAAAAUAUUUGAGUGAAAGGGGAAAAUUGAAAUCACUUUUGAACAGUUAGUGUUUUUUUUUAUUUUAAAGUACCGUGGUGUGGUGAAAUUUAGUGGACUUCAGGGUAGUGCAUGUUUUAUGUUUGUGUGAAGAAGAAUGAAAAUUCCUAAUCCCUUCAACUAUUGGCCCGUUUUGCCUUUCCCCUAUUCCCUUUGUCUAAGAAAAAAAUAUGUUUUGAAGAUCUCCACAUGAAAAGUUACGCAAACAAACCAAACAAGUUUGUUAUGAAAGAGAUGAACAUUGUAGAAAAAUUAAUUAUAGGAAUUAUAAUAUAUAUAAUGUAUCAUAUUAAUUAUGGAUAGCGAAAUGGUCCUGCCAUGACUUUGCAAGAGACUAAAGCAAAAGACAGGUAUGCAGGACGUUUCUUUUGUGAAUUUUUUUCUGGUUUUCUCCCAACGUAUGGAAGCGUAUCUGUGGAACUUUGACCGAGGUGCAAUUGGGAGAUACCUCUUCAACAGUGAUGUAACAAAGUACACGUAGUUCUAGAAGUCCUCACCCUGUCCCCACGCCCUCGAGUGUCCUCUCCUUCAACCUUUUCACGUUGGUGCCAGUAUUCCUGUCCUCAUCCCUACCUCAAUUUGUAAUGUGCGCCAUUUCCCGUUCCUUAGCUCCUUUCAAAUUUCAUCCUACCUCACCGUUUUCCGUCAUUUUAAUAAAAACAGACGUACCAUUGUGCAGAAAUAAUGUUUCAAAAGGUUGUGCUGAUGUAAAGAAAUCAUAAUUGUUAUAUCUGUUGUGAUGAUUUUCAUUUUUGCUUUUUACAUCCCUUCUUUGAUUCCAAUCACCAUUAUUCUUCCCUAUCUUCCCUCCGCAAACCCCUGAAAAAUUAAUAAACAACAAAAUAUACGUAAGUUACUGAAACAUAGAUAAUUAUCGUAAAAUCGAGUGUAUGUAUUAUCGCAUACAUUAUAUAGACUUAUUAAUACUUCAUACACAAGUAUACAUAAACAUUGCAACUCAGGUGAUUGUUUUUCUUUUCCCAAACCUCGAGAGUUCAAGCAUGGGCAGACUGACUCAAGGAAUAGCGAAGGAAAACAUUGAUCAACAUGCCGUUAUCCAAAUACACCAAAAAGCUGGAACUUCCAUAGUUUGGCGAUUACUGCUCAUACUAAGACUGGAGCCCCUUUAUCCAUACUUCAUGUGCACACAGAUAUCUUAAUCUUUCCUCUGUAGCUUUUGAAACAACAGCAUCUUGUCUUCCUUACAAAGCUAUUUCUUGAACAAUAUCCUUUGGCACAAGUAUACGAGUAAAUAAAUUAUUUUUUAGAAGUACCUUCACAAGUAUUUGCAACGUCCAUUGUGAUCCUUUUGGUCUGUCUUUGCUUGAAUAUAUUAUACACAGAAAAAUAUAAUUUUGGAAAUGUUGGGACUGGGAAAUUGUGACUGACUAUAAUUAGGCACAGCAAUAGAGUAUACCUGUACAUGGAAUCGUUCAUACAUAAAGUGUUCCGUACAAUACAUUUUGUUCUUGGAAUAUUUUCUCCUCUAAGCUCCUGUGGCAUGAUACCUUGCUUCUGUGUUUUGUAGUUCGUGAACAAAAAACAGCUCUCCUAUGUCCUAGCCUGAAAAAUAAUGCCUUUUAACCCGAUAGAAUUUUAUGGCAUAUAGAAACUUGCACAUAAUUACCGAAAAGCAAUAACCCAAAGGACUGUUACUAACUGUGCUACUUCUUUAAUAACAUUGUAAUUAGAGCUUCUCAUUAAGACAAUAAAAAACCUAUUGUCUCCAGAUAUGCCUCAUUUCCAAAAGCUUUGUCAUGCCACAGAAGUUUCUCUCUGUAUUUCAGAUAUUAUGCUUGUGAAUCAUUACUGUAAUAACUCUCCAAAUUCUUUUCUUUGUAUCUUUCUCCUUUUUGUCAUUCGACAUCAUGGUAACUGUGCUCUUCGGAUUUUGGAUUGGACACCAGGAUAUCGAGCCAUAGCCGCAACCCCGCUCAUUUCGUAUACGUUUCCGAAGCCUUGCGUUUGCUGUGUGUCGGUGUUGUUGAUUGGGUCACGACUGUUCCCGCGCUGGGCGGGCGAGGGCGCGUGCGCGGGCGCGGGCGCGGGCGCCGCAGGCGCGUGGAUGCACGCC